UCACGAAUAAAAUCAAAUAAACGUAAAGAAUAUCGCAGAAACAUUUUGUAUAUUAAGAAAUAAACGAAAAAAAAAAAAUGUAAGCACACUAAAUGUACACAAAAGAAAGUGCAGAUUCACAUUUCCGACAAAUCUGAGUCAUACAUACUUAUUUUAAGGUUUGUUUGUAAGAGUGCAGAAGAACAGCAAAAAUUGGGGCCUAAGACCACGAAGCUACAAAAUGGACAUUACUAACGAACAAUCUAGGUACUCACGAUCUGAUUUACUUGCUUUGCGCUUCGAAGGAAGUGCACGUCAACGACCAAAUUGUGCAAAUCGAGCUGAUCUGCAGACGUUAAAUUUUUGGAAAAAUAAUGGAGCUCCACUGAGUGUGAGCAGCAACAGUUGUGGAAAUAAAAGCGGAUUGUCGCCCGAAAGGGAAAGUGCAAGUCUAACGAGUUCAAAUGGACUCUUGAGUUCGAGGCGAGCUUUACGAAAUCGCGAACGAGCCCACAAUUAUUAUCAGCGCUUUUCAUCCGGUGAUCAAAUUGCUGGAGAAGAAUUGCAGCAGCAGAGAAACUUAGGCUCAGCCAGUGUCAAUCUGUGUGGCUCCUCCACAUAUAAAUCACCUAAUAUAGAUCAUCGUAGUAUAUCCUCAGCACAUUUAAUGCCAGCGUUUGCGAAAAAGCGUUUUGUAGUUGAACAGGCCGAAUCUCAACAUGAGGAUGGAAAUGCAAAAGAGAGUAGUGCACCAGCCGCUUCGGCUACUCAAAGCAAUCUUGACCUGAAAAGUCACAGUGAAGUGCGCGCCAUCAGCCGAGCCUCUAAAACGACGGCUGCUUCAUCCCCAGAUUGGGAGCGUGGGGAGAAACAUUUAAACCCACCACAUAAUGAACAAUCGAUGUCGCCGACUGCAUUUUUGGCUGGGCGUCAAGUGGCGAGCGGCUUGAAUUUGCAAGAAAGACGGAUUGGCAGCGGCCGCCUAUUGCCACGUAAUGAUAAUUGGGAAUAUACAAAAAACAAGGAGGCGGAUAAUUUAUUAAAUAAUCUUGAUAAGGAGAGACCUCAAAAUGGAAACCUUACCAGCCAGUAUCAGCCGCAGCAGCAGCAACAUCAGCGUCUGCGUACAUCGUCUGGCAAACAUAUCGAUAGUUUAGUAGAUCGCGAUCGUGACCGUGAGAGAGAUCGUCGUAAGGCUGUCGAUAAUCAUCGUGAUCAAAAUGAUGGAAAAAAAAAUGUUCAAAGUGGACGCAGUCGCAUUGCAACCAACAAGGAUAAAUUCAAUUUCGGUGAUUGUCAGUCGGGGGCUAUGCAAAAUCGUGGCAAGCGCAUGAAUUUGUAUCAAACUCAUGAACCGGAGUGGUUUAGUGCUGGACCUACCUCCCAGCAUGAAACGAUUGAUUUACAUGGCUUUGAAGAUUACGAAAGUGAAAGCUCAUCGGCAGAUUUGAAGAACAUCAAAGAUGACAUUUGUAGAGAUUCAGAUGUUAAGCCGACUCAACCCCCAUCUCGAAGUAGUAGCCUAGCCAGUUUGAAUAACAACAACAAAAACGAUGCGGAGGAACAACACGCAACAAAUAAUAAACAAUUGAACUACAGUGUUAGCUCAGUCCCAAAAUCUGAUGUUGAGUUUAAUUUCGAUGCUUAUCUUAACAUGGAUCCAAUGGAUCACGCUCUCAUGGGUAAUGACAGCGAGAUGCAUGAUGUCCAAAGUACAUCGCGUUUCAGUCAAUGGUUUGCAAGCAAAGAGCCAACAAAGAACGAGCGCGUAUUUAUUGGAGACACUACAGCGCUAGAUACGCAAGAAAUCCCGAGUGUUAAGGACUUAGAAGCACAAAUGAGAAAAGUGGACUUGCGCCCAGAAUGUGACAUAAGUAAAUCGCAGGCGAACGCAAAUCAAACACAACAAACAGUGCAUACAGAGCAGAGAGACAAAUCUGUUACCAGAGAUACGGAAGCUUUUAAAAGACUUUUGCAACAGUUGGGCUCGCAGAGUAAUACAGAAUCAACAUACCCUAUAACUUCAAAUAUGCCAGCGGCUCGCGUCGUUCCUCGUCUCCAGCAGCAGCAACAACAGCCACACCAACAACAGCAGCAACAUCAACAACAACAGCAGCAACAUCAACAACAACAGCAGCAGCAGCAACAGCAGCACCACCAACAUCAACAACAACAGCAGCAACAGCAGCAGCAUGCAAGUCAUCCAAAUCAUCAAAUUAAAGGAGACGAUAUACAGCUAUAUCAGCAACAUCGUCCUAAAAAGAAUGAUUCUAUGUCGCAUAGAAAUAUGGAGAUGAUGCCACAAAAUCAAUUACAUCCUAAUGUUCAUGAGUUCAAUAUAUCUUUGCAAACGCAUAAACGAAUGGAGAUUCAACAAUUAUUACAAGGUGUCACUCGGGGCGAUGUUUCGGUUGAAAUUCUAGAGAAGGAGUUGAAUAAUCCGAAUGCAACGCCUCUAUCUAGGGAAGUAAUUGCAGCAGUACUUUUUGAGUUAACAAAUUCUGGGCGUAGUACUCUCCAUCAACAACAACAUCUAACGUAUGCAAACGACAUCAAUUCCCAAAACUUUAUGAAAAAUAAUCAAUUCCUUAACAAGAAUGUGAGCCCUGAUGAUAUUUAUACACAUCAAAACACAACGAGCCAAGGCCUACAUCAAAAUCCAAGGCAUACUAAUUCACCGACACCUUUAGCAUUUACGCCCACUUCAGUUUUAAGGAAAAUGACGGCUGAUAAGGAGACGACGGCGUCAUCCACUUUGAAUAACAGUAAUAUAUUCAAUCAACAACAGCAACAACAAUAUGUUCAGCAAUUUAAACUAUCAGGGCCAGCACAGCCGAAACUGGAUAAUCAGCGGAUAGGGCAUAAUAUGCUGAACGAAACACCAGCAGCGCCAAAUCAAUUGCAACCUCGAAUGAUCCUGGGUGGUAAUUAUGCCAUGCAGCAUCAAAUGAAUACCAACAGUCCACAAAUUUCGCCAAAAUUACCGCCCCCAAUGUCUCAGAAGCAAAAUCGAUGGCCACCUGGAAACAUACCCAUAUCCACAACAACAACAGUACAACAGCACGGCACAAAGUGUUUCGGUCGUCCAAUUCUAAAAGGGACUUUGAGCUCGGGCUCACAACAAAUGCCGACCGCAUUUCUAUUAAACAAUGAGUUACAUCAACAUAUGCACCAACAAAAGCUAAAGUCAAUGCAAACUACUCCUUCGGAUACAAUAAAUAAUGAUAGCAUUCACAUGGGAUCAACAGCACUUCAAAUGGUUCCAUAUAACGAAGGAAUCUCUUCCCAGCUUCAACAACAGCAACAACCACAUUAUAUCCAACAGCAGAGAGCCCAGCCACAACCCCAGCCCAUUCCUGGACAUCGGUUAUUGCAUGUAGACUUACAUCGUCCGAAUAAUUUAACGGUACAACCAGUUACUAUAUCGUCAGGUGAUCCCGAUGGCAAUGGCGAUUCGUCGACAAAUUUAAUGAAAAAUAACAACCUCAGGCCGAUAAACAACUAUCAUCAAAGAGACGAAAGAUUGUCUCCAACAUCAAAUCAAUUGGCACAAUGGUUUUCGCCAGAAUUACUUGCCAGAGCAUCGGCUGGAAAAUUGCCUCUAUUGAAUAUGAAUCAGGCGCUGAGCUUGGAAGAGUUCGAACGUAGCAUGCAACAUUCCUCAGCCACAGUGCUCAAUUAAGACUUAAGAGAAUAGAUAUACUUUAAAAGAGACUUAAAUUAAAACUAAAAUAUAAUUAGUUGAAAUCAUUUUGUGUAUUA